AUGCCUAAGACAAAGAUAUCCAGUAGGAACCAGUACUUGCUAAACAAAAUUAUCAAAGAGCUUUUAAAGUCACUUGAAAACCAAAUGGUGGGACUUGUAGAAAUGCUCCUUGAAGAGUUUGAUGAUUCACCUUACGGCACAGAAGACGGUUCGGAAAUAUCCUCAACUAAAAAAGAUUCACCUGAUAUUGAUGACGGCGACGUGGGGAACGAAGUCUUAGGAUACAACAAUGCUAUUGGGAUAUUUCAUUUGCGCAACGUGAUUUUCAGCUUCAAGAUGAGGUAUGGAACGUUGGCUGCACUAGACUUAGACCUCAUACCCCAACUACUGAUUGAAGUUAGCCAGAUACGAAAUUAUUUUAUACAUCUAAUCAAAUGUCUAAGCCUCUACUUGGAACUGCCGACAUAUUCUGACAAGGAUAAAGCGAAGUUCAUUUCAAUUUUUAACUUGUCUUCAGAUGUAAUUUUCAACAUGCAACUUUUUCCAGAAAUUAUUGAUUCGUUACUCGAGGAUGCCAGUGCAACUGGUUUAAUUGAUUCAAAUAUUUUUGAGGUCGGUAGUAAUGUUAUAAACAAAGUAGAAAAGUUCCAAAGCUCAUAUCAAACGUUUAAAGCGGCGACUAAUAACAAUUCCAGUAAAUGUCGGUGA